AUGCGUUUUGCUGCUGCUUGUGCCGCUCUCCUUUCUAUACCCCUUGCUGCGUAUGCUGCAGUAAUCCCCCACAAGCGCGCAACUGUUUGCAACGGUCAUGCGGAGCUCUGCAACAGGAGCUAUGGCAACACCACCUUUGCAGGCUCCCAUGAUUCGUACGCCUUCAGCGAGAACCCCUUCGCGCGUACUGGCAAGAGACCAGGAGUGGACAUCACCACCCAGCUCAACUCUGGCAUCCGCAUGCUCCAGGCCCAAUCUCAUAUGAACAAUGGCCAGCUCCACUUCUGCCACACCAGCUGCACCCUCUUUGACGGUGGCACCGUCGAGGCGUACCUCGCGACCGUCAAGUCCUGGCUGGACGCGAACCCGAACGAUGUCGUCACCUUCCUCUUCACGAACCCCGAGGGCGUCUCGCUCCCCGACGUCUGGGCCCCCGCGUUCGAGCAGUCCGGCAUCGCGCCCCUCGCGUACGUGCCCCCGCACGUCCCCAUGGCCCGCGGCGAGUGGCCCACCCUCGGCGCGCUCAUCGACUCGGGCAAGCGCGUCGUCGUCUUCAUGGACGCCGGCGCGGACGGCGCGGACGGGAACGUGAACUACAUCCUCCCCGAGUUUGAGAUGAUCUGGGAGCCGCCGUUCGACUCCACGGACAACACCUUCCCGUGCUCGGUCGACCGCUCCGCGGGCCCGCUCUCGACCGCGGACCACAUGUACCUCCUCAACCACUUCCUCGACGUCAACAUCCUCGACACCGGCAUCCUCGUCUCGGACCCCGCCGCCGCGUCGACGACGAACGGCGUGACGUCCGUCCUCGCCAACGCCGCCGGCUGCCGCCCGCUCAGCGGCGGCGGCUUCAACCCCAGCUUCGUGCUCAUGGACUACGUCAACCUCGGCAACGGUGUCGCCGCCGCCGACCAGAUGAACGGCUUCUGA